AUGGAUCAAAUAGGAGCGCACGGCUAUAACAUAGCGCUAGCGAUUGGCGGCAAGGCAAAGCGGCGCUUCCUGGCGAGAGGUGGGCUGCCGCUAGACGAUUUCGCCGUGUCUUUGAGGAAGGCCAGCCACCAUACUUUACUGUUCGACUGCGAGAUGCACCUGCAGCCGGACGGCGCCAUGCCUCGCAUCAUCGCAGGGCCAAGACGAGGACACUACGCGUACCACCUGAUUAAACCGCCACAGAGGGCGUCUCAAUUUGCCUUCGGCCUUUACUACAACGUUUAUUCUAAUUUUGGUGGCUCUGUGAUCAUCUUCGUGGCCGAUUUCGGAGCCAAGCAAGUACUGCAUUUCCUAUAUUUCUGGAUGAGGUGCGCCAAAGCCGAACACGACUCUCGGCGAUCUCGGAUCAUCCUGAUAACCAAUGAAUCGCAAACUACACCCCGACUUGAUGACUUCCAAUUUGUGGCCGCUAUGAUCUCGGAGCUGCGGAAGGAUGAGCCGACAACGCCAUAUUCUGCUAAGGACGUUAAGAGAAUGAUUCAUUCGUACUUUGACUUCACGAUUGUGCCAGGGGUGACUGAUUUAUGCGACGAAUUUUGGCAGAGCAUAGCCUCUCCAUCAGCCUCUAUGGCUGGGGGAAGAGAUUGCGCUCCCCCUUGCAAGCGUGCGCUUUUCCGAGCCGCCAUCUCCCAGUUUGUAAGGCAGCCGCUGCUGCCUUUUGACGCUAUCCUCGCUUCCCGGAUAUCCAACCCGAUCCCGAAAGAGUUCGAGGAAAAUCUAGCCUAG